AUGGGUGCGGUUGUCUCUUGUAUUGAAGCCAUCCUCGGCGCAAUUGGCAGCUGCCUAAUGGCCAUUGUCAACGGCAUUGGCGCAAUCCUUCAUGCCAUCAUCACCGGCAUUGUCACCGUCUUUGACGUGAUUAUUUCCUGUGUUAUCUGCGGUCAUGCGGGCGGGAGAAGAAGACAUCGUAUGACGACAAGGGCGACCAUAUAG